AUGGUGGUGUUGCAGGCUGUUUGCAGAGGAUCUGACCGGAAAAUUCUGCAAUUGAGGGGCAGAACAGCCAGCAGGACUGCACCUGGGCUGUACUCCACAACCAGAAGGCUGGAGGGUCUGAAAAUGGAGGGAAUGGCUCUUGGGAGUGUGCUGAGAUGA